CACAUCAAUAGUCUCCUGGUGGUUGGACUACAGAAGAAAGUUUGGAAGAAUUUGCGUUUGAAUAAUUUUGGUGAAUAUUUAUAGUGUCAAAUCUUCCAUAAAUAUGGUAUAAUCUUCAAUAGCGUCACUAUUAUACAGUAUAUGUCUCCCAAACUCACUACACACAUCAAUAGUCUCCUGGUGGUUAGGUCCCCAACACAUUAUAUCAUAUAUUUUGCAUUUAAAAGGUCAAAUGCUUAUUUUUAAAAGCUUGGUUUUACAUUUUUAUUACCCUCUACUAUAAAACAUCAAUGUUAUUUACCCAGGAUAUUCAAAAUGCUAAAUAAUUAGUCUGAUUUUAGCACAAGUAGGCCAAAUUGUUGUGUCCCAAAUCAUGUUUGCUCAACUUCUCUAACAGAUAUAAACAAAGAAAUCAAAUUCUACAUUUUUGUCACUAUUGUAUAACCCUUUUAUUAAUAUUCCUCACCAAAUUUAAAUUGUUGUUAAUUCAAUUUUCUUGAUUUAAUUUUUUUUUAAAGUGUGUGUCCCCUGUUUUAAUGUCCCCCCUGUUACUCUGAUUUGAAUCCCUCUGGACACGCCCCUUUACUAUUCUACUAUUUGUAUGACUCAAGAAGAAGGAUACAUUUUGAGUGGGAAAAUCAUCUUCAAGAAGCAGAGUUAGAGGAAGUUUGAAAAUAAUGGGAAGAGUUAAAAAAGGAAAGAGGGCCCAGAGGAAGGACUUAUGGGCAAUGGCUGGUGGAAUGGAAGCAUUGGUCCGAGGACUGAAGAGUGUUCACAUUACCAAAAGAGAUACAGGACAUUCUUCAUAUAUUUGGUCGGAACUCGCUAUAAUCCUUUUUGGUCAUGAUGAUAAGAAACACCGUCAUUGGCUGUGGGUUGUAUGGACCAACAAUCGAAAAGGAUUGAGGGAUUUGAUCAAUAAACGUCAAAAAUCAUUAGAGCAGAAGGAAGUUCAGGUAAUGGAGGAAAAUCAAAACGAGAGAGAUGUUGGAGGGGAAUGUUCUGAAGACUGUCUUUCAAAGGACUUGCCUCUGAGCAUGAUUCAGCAUAAGGUAUCAGAUGAGGACAUAGACAAGAAUGAGGCAGAAGACAAACAACAAAGGAUGUCUUCUCAGAGUGGACUUGAAGAUGACCAGUUAUCAGAUGAGGACAUAGACAAGAAUGAGGCAGAAGACAAACAACAAAGGAUGUCUUCUCAGAGUGGACUUGAAGAUGACCAGUUAUCAGAUGAGGACAUAGACAAGAAUGAGGCAGAAGACAAACAACAAAGGAUGUCUUCUCAGAGUGGACUUGAAGAUGACCAGUUAUCAGAUGAGGACAUAGACAAGAAUGAGGCAGAAACUGAAGAACAGAAUUUGCAAAGAGGAGCACAAGAUGUCAAUAAAAACACAGGCACCAAAACACAUUGGCGGAAGUUGCCAGUAGUAUCUAAAAGGUUCGGAAUAACAGUAAAUAGAAAGAAAUGGCAAAAGAUUGUUCCUUUGACGGGUUCAAACAAACUGAGGCAACCGUGGACCGACGUGUUGUACAAGAGUUUCCGAGAGAAAAAUCCCUGUUGUACGCUUGCCUUCAAGAGUCACCACAUAAAAACUCCCAACAGCAGGAAAAUUAAAAGUCCGUACUUAAACAUCUGUGCAGUUUGUACAUUCCCUUCCUGCAGGGCCAAAUUCUUCUUUAAAAUCCAAAAUCAGCCAGUGGGAGACACCCUUGUUAAAAUACCUGUGCUGCAAAGAGGGAAAAUGGCACACAAAGCAAAUGAGACAAAAUUCCGACCAGCAGCAAACAGAAGAAGAGGCAGAAUUGCAAGAGCCCUGCAUAAAGGAGUGAGUCAAGUAUUUUACAGUAAACUUAAAAAAACACCUGUUGCUGAACUGAUUUCAGGAAACAUAAGCCGUAGUCUGAACAAAAAUGUUCUCAAAGUGAUACGUUCAGAAGUAAGAAGAGGUAAAAGAAUCCAUGAGGAUGUUUUCAUGGAGAUGUACCUCACACAAAUGAUCAUUAAGGAAUGUGACUCAAAUGAUCGCAGGAUGCCUGGGUACAUACAGCAUUUUCAAGUUGACCCAUUUGGAGUACAUAUGUAUUCUGAAACCGGAGUAAACAUAGUUGUGCAACACCUGAGAAAGAAGAAACCGCUGACCCUAUAUCUAGAUGCUACAGGUAAUGUUGCAUCCAAAGAUCCAGGUCAGACCAAAAGAGUGCUUUAUUACUGCCUCACUCUUCCUGGAGGUGGUCAGCAAGUACCUCCCCUCCCAGUCUGUGAAAUGCUGACAAAUGAACACUCCAUUCCACCAAUCACAUUCUGGCUAAUGCAGUUCCUCCGCAAACUGUCACAGUACACUAAAAUAAAAGUACAUCAGGUAGAAACAGACUACAGCUGGGCCCUGCUCCAAAGUGUUCUCCUUUCUUUUAACAAAGAGAGCAUUGUCAGUUACUUGGACAGGGCUUUCGCUAUCUGUUCAAAGCUGAAGUCAUGGAAGGAAAUCAAAAUGUUGACAGUGCUACACAUUUGCUCUGCACACGUGCUGAAAGCUGUAGCUCAGUCAAUUGGGAGAAGAACUGCAGACAAGGGUUUGAAGGAAUUUGCAACAUUUGCAUUUGCGAGGUUGCAAAAUGCUACUUCAAUGACCACAGCACUACACAUCUUCCGCUCACUGUGCACUGUGUUGAUUGGAAAGCACAAUUCCAAUGCUGUCCUGAUCCAUCUGAAAGCCAUGAAGGACUUCAUAAAAGAAUGCAGGAUUCCCGACAUGGAAGAGGGGGACAAGUUAGGAGACAGUCCCUUAACUCAGGAGGAAGAUGAUGAAGAAAGAAGAAAUGCCCACACAAUUGUUGGCAGAUCUCCCUUCACAUAUGAGUUUAGGAAGGUCAUGGAGGAGGUACAGGGAGAGCUUGAAAAAGAGGAGGUCGAAACCCCACAGGAUGAAAAUCCAUACUUUUGCCCUGGCAUUGUUGAUGUCCUUUUUGACAACUAUCUAGGGAUUUUUCCCCUUUGGAGUGGGCUGCUGUUGGGGAAUUUGAAAAGAUAUGCAACUGACACAGAGGAAGACACAUUUGGCCAAAGUAAAACAAGGGACACAAACUGCCAUGUGGAGAGAUGGUUUGGAAUAGUCAAACAUUCUAUUCUAAAAAAGCAGAGACGACUGAGGCCAGCGACAUUCAUCAGAAAGAUGUAUGGCUCUCUCCAGGGGAGGUACAGAGAACACAUAAUGGCACAUCACUUAUCUGAGCAGUUACUCCUCAAAACUUUGCUACCAAAAGACAUCAGUCAAUCGAAGGAAGGUUGGGCAAAGAGAGAUGGAGCAAAGCCUCGCACUUCCAGCUCCAUAUAUUACACCACUCCAGACAUUCUUCCAGUUCCAAAAAGAGCAAAGUUAACUCUGAACACUGGUGAAGAUAUUCAGAGCAGCACAGAUGUGGAGAACAGCAGCAACCCCACAAGUAAAGGGUCCAAGCCUGCAACAGAGGUUGAUGCCCUUUGGACAUGCAAACCAACUGAAGUUGUUGUGGCUGUUGUAAGACAUGCUGAAGAGAAGCAUAAUUUCACCCUGAGGCACAGAGAAUUUCAGAGUUUGAGACCUGACGAACUCAUCAUAGGCGAGGUAAUGGAAUGUUACAUUAGAGGCAUCCUCAACCUGAAGGAUAAUGCUGGUCGUCUAUAUCUCCUGGAUCACUACACCAUGGGUGUAAUCCUACACGGCACCCGAGAGCAGAUAGCCAGGCAAGAGCUAAAAAAGGUGACAUUUGAUCUCUAUGAUGGAGCCAUUGGAUUUGUCAAUAUAAGAAAUGUGCACUGGAAGUUUGUGUACCUCCAUGCCCUUUCAAACCACAUUUAUGUGGUUGAUCCUCUGCAAGGGUCAAAUGAAGUUGAGGACUCCAGAAAGGCUGCUUACAAAUUUGGAGAGUAUUUCAAGAUGCGCCGGAACAGACUGGGAAAAGAGGACUGGGUUAGCAUCAAAUGGCAGCCUGGAAAAAUAACCCACACCUUCCAGAAAGAUGCCACCAGUUGUGGAGCCUUUGUCAUGCAGAUGGCCAAGAUGACAGUGAAGGAAUUUCCCAAAAUUCCAAAGACGUUUCACAUCAAGUCAUCACAACAUCUACGAAGAGACAUGGCAGAAGAAAUUCUCAGAGGAUCAGUUUCAAAGGAUGACUUCUGUUCCUUCUGUGGAAUUGAGGACCUGCCCACAACUGCUGUUGAUGCUGUUUGGAUUCAGUGUGAAACUUGUGGGAGAUGGUUUCACACGCAGUGCCUCGGAAUGCCUGCUGCACGAAUACCCAAAAAGAAUACCCCGUGCUAUUGUGUUUUGUGUAUCCUCACAAACUAAAGAGGCUAGAGGUGAGUUUGUGUAACUUUUACCAGAGGUACCAGGAUUUGGGGAGGUAAGGCUUGUAGUUUGAACUACUACCACAGUAGAAGUAGUGCACUUACAAACGGCAUGUGGGGGGAAAUCCAGCCCAGCCAGUGAUUUGAAAUCGGCUAAAUGAAAGCUGAAUUUUGUACAAAACAAAUAAAAAUCCAGAAAAAAGCUUUGCUAAAGAUUUUGGGCAACUGAAGUAAUGAUUAAUAUGUUACGGUGUGUGAAGCAGGUAGGACCCAAAUGCAGAUUAACGUGAAAAUUCCUUUAUUUCAAGGCUAGGAUAUAAACAAAGACAAAACAGAACACUGACCGACGAACUA